UUUUAAGACUGUGCACAAUAUACUAGAAAGAAAAUGCGAGGUAACAUUUUAUUUUGGUCUGACAGGUAAUGCUUAAAGACAUGGUACUCGCUCCUCCGAGUACCGUGUCGUUAAGAAAGUAUUUAAUGUGAAUGUGGAUGGAUGAAAAGGAAAAGGACGAGCGAAAGUAUGAUGCGCUAUAUGCGUAUGAUAUAAUCUCAGAUAGGACGGCCGACAGGGAACAAUGGGAAAAAGGUGAUACACAGCCCGACCCUAAAUAAUGGGAUAGGACAAUAAUGACUAAACAUUAACGGUAAAGAAGUUCAAAAACUCGUCCCUACCCUUAUACACACUUCUUACUUAUACUUGUUUCUGUGUCGUGAUUAGUAAAUAAAAGUAAAUACUUCUUGAUUAUUCUAUAGCCAAUAUUUAUAUUAUUACAAUAUAUUGAAUUUCAAUUAAACCCUUAUACCUUAAUGUCUUAUUUACAUUCGAUUGAGCAAUAAACAAACAAGUAACAUGCAAAUGGUGGGCAUUUACAUCUCAUAUUCUGAAAUAAACUCUUUCACUAGAGGAGAUUUUUAUAGAAUGACAUUGUGAUUCUUAUGUCACCUAUCACUUACCACCUGCCAUCAAUACAAACUAGCCGUAUCUCACACUUACAAAAUGUAAUGCAAAAUUUUAGUAAUAAAAAGUAACAAAAACAUAAAAAUGCCUACAUUACCUUUAUAUAUGAUUGUUCGGAGAAGUGAUCCAGGGAGUGCGGUCGGGAGAUGCGGUUGUAGGACAGAAUGCUCAACGCUUAACCUCGCUUUUGUAUCAUGACCGAGUUGAAAAUUACUGUAUCUGAAGAAAAUACUUUGUCUUCGAAAGGAUAUAAGUUACAAAAGUUUCUUGGAGAAGGAGCUUAUGCAAAGGUAUAUUUGACUGAAUAUACUGGAAAAGACGAAUCUCACAAAGCGACACUCGCCUGCAAGAUUAUCGAAACAUCCAAAGCUCCUAAGGACUUCGUUGCCAAAUUCUUACCUCGUGAAAUAGACGUUCUUAUACGCCUUAACCACCCACAUUUAAUACACAUACACAGCAUAUUUCAAAGAAAAACGAAAUAUUACAUUUUCAUGAGAUUCAGUGAAAAUGGGGACCUUUUGGGAUAUAUUUUGAAAAACGGAUGUGUCUCUGAAAACCAGUCCCGAGUGUGGCUGAGGCAAUUGGCUCUCGGAAUUCAAUAUCUUCACGAGUUAGAAAUAACACACAGAGAUAUAAAAUGUGAAAACGUUCUUUUGACUGCGAAUUACAACGUCAAAAUAUCUGACUUCGGCUUCACGAGGUUCUGUAUUAACGAAGAUGAGCAACCGAUUCUAAGCGAAACAUACUGCGGUUCCAUGUCAUAUGCUGCGCCUGAAAUUCUCCGAGGCAAGCCAUACUUCCCCAAACCGACAGAUAUCUGGUCUCUUGGCGUCGUACUUUUUGUGAUGUUGAACAAGUCUAUGCCGUUUGAUGACACGCGAAUGCGAAAAUUGUACGAACAGCAGAUAGGAAAAAAGUACAGAUUUCGAUCCCGCGUUGCAAGCGUUCUCUCUUUGGAAUGCAAAUCUAUUGUGAAGCACAUGUUAGAACCGGAUUCUGGUUUACGAUAUACCGCCACUCAAAUUAUCAAUUCUGAGUGGAUUGCUAUGGACAGUAGGCUAACUACCCUAAACGCAGUUGAAGCAGGCGCACUCAAACGGGCAAAAGAAGAACGUCGAAGAUUAUCUGAAUCUCAUAGACAACCUCCCAAGAGACAAGGAGAUAUUUUAGAAGGCCCUCACAGCAAUUCCGUAUACAGGACAAGUGAAAUGAUGAAAUCACUUGCUAACGUAACAUCUAAACAAAAGAAAAUUGAAUAAAUGGAGGGAAAGACUAAGUUUCACAUUGAAGAUGACUUGAAACUAACCGCGUCUGAACAGUUAACACUUGCUAUACGCGGAUACAAAAUAUUAAAGAAAGUUAAUGAA